AUGGCGAACCGAGAGAAGGGCGGCCGGGUGGUGUUCAUCGGGAACAUCCCCUAUGGCGUGUCGGAAGAGCAGAUCAUGGACAUCUUUGGGCGAUGCGGACAGGUCAUGGGCUUCAGACUGGUCUACGACAAGGAGACGGGCCAGCCGAAGGGCUUCGGGUUCUUGGAGUACUCAGACACCGACUCGGCGGCGACGGCAGUGCGCAAUCUGAACGAGUUUGAGCUGAACGGGCGCACGCUGCGGGUGGACUACAGCAACGACAACCGCAGCACCGCCAAUGCCAACAACCAGCAGAACCAGCAGCAGGACACCAACCGCGCUCCUCCGCCUGCGCACUUCAAUAUGCCCGGAGCGCCGCCAGCACGACCGGAUGCAACCGCUCUCCCACCCAUCCCACCAGGUGUCGAGCUCCUGCCCGGCGUCACGGCCUUCGACCAGAUCAGCAACACCCUCAAACAGGUCCAGACGCCUCAGCUGCUCGACUUCAUUAGCCAGCUCAAGAACAUGUGCGCAAGCAAUCCUCAGCAGGCAACUGCCCUCCUCCAAUCUCAACCUCAACUCGGAUACGCCGUCUUCCAGGCCAUGAUCCUCCUAAAUCUCGUCGACACCAACAUCAUCGCCCAGCUAGUCGCAACGGCUGGUCCGCAACAACCAGCACAGGCGCUGCCUCCACAACAGCAACCGCCGCCAAUGCACUACCCUCCCGCCCAGCCACCCCAAGCCCAAUAUGGGCAGUAUCCACCCGGCUACCCUCAGCAAGCGCUUGAAACUGUCAAGAAUAUGAGUCGCGAGCAGAUAUACGCAAUGGAGCCUCAGAUACGCGACCAACUCAUCGCUUUGCGUCGACAAUGGGGCAUAUCGACUUGA